AUGUCACCUUGGAAAGAUCAUCAAGAUGCAUUCCAGGAAUUCUCAGAUGACUUAAUUGUCACAAUCUUUUCAAAAAUCCAAGAUGACCCCAAAACACUGAUUCGCUGUUCCUCUGUUUCCAACUACUGGGCUUCCCUUGCCUCCAAACUUACCACCUCCUCCCUCAGAUUCUUCGUUCCACUCGAGGGUGAUGAUGAUGCUGAUGAAGAACAUUCUCCGUGCUUCCAAUCCCACCACCACACUCCAACAUUAGCAAUCCCUGCUCUCAUGAGGGUGUUUGAAAAUCUGGAAUCUCUUGAAAUUAAGAUAUGCUUUAGCCAACCUUGUGAGCAUCACUCCUUCAGAUUGAAGACAACGUUGGCAGUGUCGGUGCCAUUGGAGGAUAAAUUGUUACCUGAUGAUGAUACUCCAACGGUUCUUGAAGCUGAAUUUAGUCAAGGUAGCACUCAUAUUGGUUCUUUCUUGGAUUUUUAUACGCUGAUGUUCAAGAAUAGGCCUAAAACAUUGAAAACCUUGGUGAUGAUGGGUACCAAGAUAGAAGGGCUUGGAUCUGGAGGGAUGGUGUUUAUGACAAAGGAACAAAUUUUGAAGUACUAUGGCCUCAGUUCGAAACCAAGAGUGAAUGAGAGCUGGCUUGAGAACCCGGAGAAUGUGGUUUGUUGGCUCAAUAAUCCACUGCAGGAUGAGCAUUGGUUUACAGAGAAAGUCUGGGUUGUAUAUCAACGGGAAUUGAAAACGAAGUACUCUGAUGAGCUAAAUUCUGUGUAUAAACUCAUUCCAGAGGAGAUAGAUGUGAAGAAUUUGCUGGGUGGAUUGGAUGAUGAUGCUUAG